AUGUUGAAAUACUUUUCCCAAGAGAAACAUGAAUUCGUCGCUAAGGACCGUGAAAUGGUAAAAAUCAACAAUUCUAUUAAUUGUCUGAAAAAGCAAAUUGCUUACGCUAAAAUCAGGUCUAGAAAAAAUCAUGAAAUUAUAAAUAAGUUCCGAGAUCGAUUGCUCUAUUUGUGCGAUGAAUUUUACGACACGAAACGCUUGUUCGAAGGUGGAAAAAAAAUUAACACUCCAUCCGUCUCUGCUGAUACUGAUUACAUCAUCGACCUGCAAAAUGAACUGAAGACUACAGAAAACAAGAUACAGUUACUGCGAGACAAACUAAAUGUGUGUCAACGUCAUAUAUCUGAGCUUCGCAUUCAAUUAGUCUUGACUGAUCAGAAAGUGAAACAAAGCGAGAAAGAUAAGGCUCAACUACAAAUCCUUUGUGCGAAAGCAGAAAUUACUUCCUUGCAGUGUCAAAUUCAAGAAAAUCGAGAGGGGCUUUUUUGA